GGCUGCUGACGAAGAUGGCGGCAGAAGCGCUGGGCGAAGGGGAGGUGCCAGCCCGGGACUCCAGCCGGAGUGAUGCCAUCUGUAGUUUUGUUAUCUGCAAUAAUUCUUCCCUUCGAGGUCAGCCAAUUAUCUUCAAUCCUGACUUUUUUGUGGAGAAGCUCCGACAUGAGAAACCUGAGGUGUUCACUGAGUUGGUGGUCAGCAAUAUCACAAGACUUAUCGAUUUACCCGGAACUGAGCUGGCUCAGCUGAUGGGAGAAGUGGACCUUAAGUUGCCUGGUGGGGCUGGUCCUGCAACAGGAUUCUUCCGGUCUCUGAUGACUCUCAAGCGGAAGGAAAAAGGAGUGGUAUUUGGAUCUCCACUGACUGAAGAAGGCAUUGCCCAAAUAUACCAAUUGAUUGAAUAUCUUCACAAAAAUUUGCGAGUAGAGGGUUUGUUUAGAGUACCAGGCAAUAGUGUUCGACAGCAGAUUUUAAGAGAUGCUCUCAAUAAUGGAACUGAUAUUGACUUGGAAUCAGGGGAAUUUCACUCAAAUGAUGUUGCCACCUUGCUGAAGAUAUUUCUAGGAGAGUUACCGGAGCCCUUACUGACACAUAAACAUUUCAAUGCACAUCUCAAAAUUGCUGAUUUGAUGCAGUUUGAUGAUAAAGGAAACAAGACCAAUGUACCAGAUAAGGAGCGGCAAAUUGAGGCUCUUCAGUUGCUUUUCCUCAUUCUCCCUCCACCCAAUCGUAACUUGUUGAAGUUAUUGCUUGAUCUCCUGUACCAGACAGCAAAAAAACAAGAUAAGAAUAAGAUGUCUGCCUAUAACCUUGCUCUUAUGUUUGCGCCACAUGUCCUAUGGCCAAAAAAUGUCACUGCAAAUGACCUUCAGGAGAAUAUUACAAAGUUAAACAAUGGGAUGGCUUUUAUGAUCAAACACUCUCAGAAACUUUUUAAGGCUCCUGCUUAUAUUCGUGAAUGUGCCAGGUUGCACUAUCUGAGCUCCAGAAAUCAAGUCUCAAAGGAUGACCUUGAUCUAACGGCUUCAUGUCAUGCUAAGUCCUUCCAGCUGGUAAAACCUAAGAAAUGGAACCAGACAGAUUCCUCCUCUCAGCAGGAGGAAACCCAGCAGCGGACAGAAGAGGCCCUGAGAGAGCUCUUCCAGCAUGUUCACAAUAUGCCAGAGUCAGCAAAGAAGAAGCAGCUUAUUCGACAGUUUCAUAAACAGUCUUUGACCCAAACACCAGGCAGAGAACCGUCUACUCCCCGUGUCCAGAAGAGGGCCCGUUCGCGCUCCUUUAGUGGGCUAAUUAAGCGCAAAGUCCUGGGAAGUCAGAUCAUGACAGAAAAGAGAAACAAGUCCCCUACUCGAGAGUCUUUGGCCAUGAGUGAAUUGAAGAGCACCAGCAAAGAAAAUAGGAACUUAUCAUAUUCUGGUUCUCCUGCUGUCAUGACGCCAACAAGAUUGAAAUGGUCUGAGGGGAAGAAGGAGAGGAGAAAAGGAUUCCUCUGAAGGAUUUAGACCUCUCCUGUCAUCCACCAGAAUUUUCUCCUUAGUGGACCAGGUGUUAUUUCUGCUUACUGCGAAGUUGGGACUUGCAGUUUGCUUGCUGCAUUUUGAUUUGUGAAAACCAGUUUAUGCCAUAUGUGACUGAAUAACCUCUAACCCACUCACUGGCUAUCAUUUAUAAGCUGUGCCUUCUGAGAGAGUGCUGUGCUCUCUCUCUUAAGUAUUAUAAGGGAAAACCACUAACCAGAGAACAAACAACUUACGUUGUAUAGUAAAUCAGCAGUACCCGCCGGGCUCCAGUGUUCAUUCAAUAUGCUUUGUUAGGCCAGGUUUGUUUUUUCAACUGUUUUGUGCCCAACUGUCAGUGAUUAUUUUUUCAGAAGUACUGUUGAUCUUAGUGGAUUAGUAAUUUUAACUGAUAUUUCGGGCUUUUCUCUGUUUUAAUAAUGUUGAGGAGUAACUGGUUGUUAUUUGUCACUUUUUUGUUUUAAAAGCCAUUUCUUUUUGGAUUGGUAAUCCAAAUGGACUCUUAAACUGGAUACUCUUAAACCCCUUUUCUUCUUAAACUUUGGGAAAGCUCUUGCUCUUAUGAGGCUAUAUUCCUUAGUAUCUUUUGUGUUGAGAGAAUUUAUGGCUUUCUGGAAGUUCUUUAUUAUUUCUUGUGUCUGCAAUUAUAGGGGAGUUGACCUAUUGUAUUGAAAAAAGGAGAAUAUUGUAUUUUAUUGAAUUUUUGCUUUUCCCUCUCUCCUUCCUCUUUCUCCCUCCUCCAUCUCUCACUGUCUUCUUUCCUCAGUUAUGUGAAAGUAGUUGUGUGGUCGCUGAGCUUAUUUCCUUCACUCAAUAUUCUCUAACCAUAUGAAAUACUUGUCUGCUAAGAAAGGAAAAGUUACUGCUUCACAGAAAUCUUUGUCUGUGGCAGGAAGCUCUGGAGUGUGCCUGGAGGAACUGGCUGGCUUAUAUUCCUUUGGAUGGGAUUCUAUUGCACUUUUCCAGGCAUCAGGUGCAAACUAGAGCAUCUCCUGAGAGCAAGGUGGGGUCACAAGAAAGGUAUGAUUAGCAAUGUCUGGAGUCUGAUAGGAUUUGGAAGAUAGAAUUCUCACUGGGAAGCAGUUGGAGCUUCUCAGUGCUCAGGAGUGGUUCCUGCCACAGAUAGUAAUUGGAGCUGGAGCUGGAGCACUUGGCGAUUGGAUUGGAUAUGUUCAUCUGUAUUUAUGGUGAAGAAAGAAAAGACAUGGCUUUGAUCUGGUAUGAAAUUAUAUUCACGGUGCAGAGAGCAGCACGUGGCAGAUGAAGAUGUUGAAGUGUGUGCCUGGCUGUUAAGCUGCAUAACUGUUUCUGCCUUGUGUGUAAAAGCUGAGUCAGGCCACUGUGGGGAGGCAGGCAUCCAAGAAAAUACGGUUUGCUGAUCUAAUUUUAGGCAGUUGGAAAUCUUCACUAUCCUAAAACAAUGACUCCAGUGCAGCAGGGUUUGAUUUUGUUUCAGGCCAUCAGCCCUCUCUUCUGCUGGACUUUUUUUUGUUGUUGUUAAGAAAAAAAAAUAAUUCUGUACCAGGUAACAAUGAGUUUAAACAGAAAUCCCUUUUGGUGUCAAUACAUCAAAAUAGUAUUCUUCCUCAACACUUCCAAAGUAGUGUUUCCUUCCUUUAUUCCUUACGUGUGUUCUAUCUUGGAGUGGCACAGUGGUCUGUUGAGCAUGGACUGUCUUCAGGUUGAGAGAGCAUGGCAGUGACUUGAUACCCCCUUGUCAUCUAGUUGGUUUUGUGUUUGAGAGAGUUAAGAGACAAAGGAGAUUGGAUGAAUGGGAUCAGCAGCCGUAGGUAGUGUUCUGUGGUGAGGGUGCAGGUGAGAUGCCUUUAGAUAGCUGGACCCCUUGGGCAGUUCACAUGUGUAUUUGGGUAUGAGUGUUUGGUUUAUUUAUUGAAUAUGCUUUCUCUUGUUUUAAGGGCUUUAUAGGUCAUAUUUCUUAGGGAAGCUGUGAUCCAAUUGGGAGCCAAGGUUGAGGAAUAAGCUAUAUAACCUUCUACUUGUAAUAGUAAAUAUUCUAAUCCUGUGGAAUCUUCUAGGGAACUCAGAGAAAAACCGUUGCCACAGGAGGUUGCUGUCUCCCUUCUGACAUGAUGGCAGUUGUUAUUUUUGAGCCAGUAUUUAAUUUUUUUUAACCUUUAUAAUAUGUGUUAAAAAUUGUUUUGUUGUGUUUAUUUUCAUGUUAGAAGAGUUUCUUUGGAAAUGCCUCUUCUUGUGGCUUUUCAAGUUUCAUUCCUUUUUAGAGUUGUCUUUGGUUUCGAUGUGUGUCACUAUGGGGCAAUGCCAGGGCACAAGCAUAAAAACGCAAACCACCUCCUUCAUUCACAUCUGCACUGAGUGAGUGAGUGGAAGCCAUAGAUGCUGCCUUUUUAGCCUUUCACAGCAGUGGACUUUGCCCUGGGGCCAGUGAAUUUGGUUUAGAAACCCUGCUCAGCAGUGGCAGAGGAUCAGAAGGUCCAAGUGCAGGAGUGCAGGACAUAUUAGAGGAGUGGGUAUUGAAUUAUCCCUGAACUCACAGUUGGUUCACCACAAAGGAAAGCUCUUUGCUCUGCAUGUCUCCUAUAGUUAGUCGGAAAGGACAGGGGACAAUUGGGAGAUGGGGUCAUGUGUCACUGACUGGUGGUUGCUGGGUUUUCCAAGUGAGCUUUGUUGGUCAGGUUGACAGAGUAGAGCCAUUCUUUCCUCUAGGGAUUCAGGUUCCCUCACAGGAUCCUGUGUCAGCAAAUGGUUCAUAAUACUGCAUGCAGUAGGGAGACUGGUAUUGGAGGCUGUGCCCUAGUACCUGGCCAUGUGACCAUGCUGAACUGGGAGGCCAUCCUUGGGAGGGGCUUCCUUGCUUUGUACAGGGCUCUGCACAGAGGCUGGAAGCUAAUAGUUCCCACUCUUGAAAUGAAUUCCUGAGAUGAGAAACUCAUCCCUGGUCUACUCCCCCUGAGGUCUUGAGACUAAAGAUAGAACCGAGAUCUAACCUGGGUGCCAGCAGGACUGUCCCAGAGCUGAGGGAGAAAUUUGGGUUUCUAAAUUGCUCAAGCGUUUGAAUCCAGUGGUGGUUUGCUCAGUGGCAGAUUCACUAAAAGCUGGCUGUUGGAGACAACUAAUGUUAAGAUCAGUGUAAAGUUGAUAAGAGGAAGGCUCAAGAGGAGGUGGAGUAAAAACAGCCUGAGUGCUAGGGUUACCAUGGAAACCACAGUGUGUGAGGCCAUAGCCUGUGCUGAAGAGCUGUUGAGCAUGCCUCUGACAUGUUUAGGGACCAGUUGAACCUGUGGGGGAAGCAUGCCCUUACCCUAGGAGCCUUUCUUUGUAGCAAGGACAGUGCAAAUGCCCCUGAGCUCACUCAACCACCAAAAUAAGGUUUCACCAUUUUUUAUUUUUCUUUUUAUUUUAUAAUAUAUAUAAUAUGUAAUUGUAAAGAAACAAUCAUAUGCAAUGUCUUUUAUACUUAUGUAAUAUUUUGAGAUUAAAUUUCCUUUGUUUCAUAU